AUGUUGGAGGCAAAGUUAUCUGAUUCUCAAGUCUUCAAAAGGAUUGUUGAGGCCAUUAAGGACCUCGUAAACGAGGCAAACUUUGACUGCAAUCCCUCUGGAAUCACGCUUCAAGCUAUGGAUUCUACCCAUGUGGCCCUGGCCACGUUGCUUAUGCGUGCUGACGAGUUUGAAAGCUUCAGAUGCGAUCGCAAUAUCCCGCUUGGCAUCAACUUGUCGUCGCUUACCAAGAUCCUGAAAAGCGCCAAUGCAUCUGACUCCAUCACGCUCAGGGCCAAAGACUCUGGCGACUCAUUAAGCCUGAUGUUCGAAUCUCCAAACCGUACGUGUGAAUAUGACCUCAAACUGAUGGCGUUGGAUACCGAGCAUUUGGGCAUUCCAGAGCAACCCUACGAUGCCAUGAUUGGGAUGAAUUCGAACGAGUUCCAGAGAAUUGUUAGAGACCUUUAUUCGCUGAGCGAAUCAGUCAGCUCGGAGCAUAUAAAGUUUGAGGCCAAAGGCGAAAUCGGAUCCGGCUCGAUUUCUCUUAAACCCAGAGACACCGUUGACAAGGAUAAAGAGGCCGUCAAUCUUUCUGUAUCAAAAAACGCAUUUACAACGCUUUCGUUAAAGUUUCUUUCCAUCAUCUCCAAGGCAUGCCCUCUUUCUGACCGCGUUAUUAUUGGAAUUUGCGAAGAACAGCCUGUUUCGAUUGAAUUCAAAAUUGGUCAGCAUGGAUACCUCCGUUAUUACUUGGCUCCCAAAGUUGGCGAAGAAUAA